CGUUUUCGAUUGUUUCUAGUCCUGACUAGAAUUGAAUCACGAGAACGUAAUACCUUCCUUCUCGUAAACCUGAAGUCAAUAGAAGUUUGCUUGUACGUGAAAUUUCAUAUAUACGAAAUGGGAAUUAUGGACUCCUUAAGUCGGGCUGUGAAUGGACAUGACGGUAGAUUUUCAUCAGCUGCGUUCGGAUUAUCGCUAACAGUGUUUUGCAUAGUCAUUAUUAUUGUGAAUUAUCCUCAUUUUCCUCAAAUAGUAGCCAAAGAACCAUGGAUCGUUGAGGGAACAGUACUUGCAAUAGGAAUUUUGUCUUCCAUUGGGAUUUUGGUGAUUUUUAUACAGCAAGGGAGAUAUCGUUUGAGAAGACAGAUUAACAGAGACCUCACUCUUAGAAUUAAACUCGUCUUCCUUUGGAUAUUUGGACUGUUAAUUAUUUUUAGCUUUUGUUACGACAUUGCUGUUAACUUUGAUUGUCUGUUUCGCGGUAAGCCAAUCUCUUUCAAAGGACAAUACGAGUAUGGGGUGGUGGUACUUUCCCUUCACAUUAUAUUUUGUUUCGUGCAAUUAGGGUUUCUAAGCUCAUUUGCCGGACAUGCUCCUCAAAUUUCCAUUGCUCAAAAUUACAUGAUUUCAUUUGCUAUCCUAACACAUUUGGUGCUGUGGUUUUUAACCUUUUACAAAAAUAUACAUAGCAAAACAGAUCCCGAUAUGUGCUUCUAUAAUUCGUAUAUUGCGAAUUGGCGGAACAAAUUGCAACCACUUAUACAACCUGCCAAAAUAGAGUUUUCUUUGCUUGCUGUUGAGCUGAUAGUGGUUAUAUGGAUUUACUCUGUAGAUGGCGAUGAGGAAAAUGGGGAGGAAUUUAAUUACACAGGGGCAAGUGACGAAUCUACAAGCCUUAUUCGAGACUCGGCGGGACAUUCAUUAUCAAGAAAAACAGCACACCGUCGUUUGACUAUCACGAAUACGUUUUACAUAUGCAUUCUAUUCGGAACUCUUCUCAGUCUCCCCUUGAUAGUGUCUUCCGUGGUACUUUCCUAUUCGUCUACGUACAGUCUCAGGAAUUACAAUGCAUUCCUGAUAACGCUUCUCCUAUUAUAUGCAGGACAUUUCAUUCUGAUUCUGGCCACUUUCAUACAAAUGAACAUAUAUUCCCAGUGGAGGAACAUUAAGUCUACUACCAUCACGAAGAAUAAAAGUUUCGUUCUAAUUCUGACAAUGGCGGGUGCUUUAUGCUACAGUGCAUUUAAGAUUAUGGUCCCCACUCGCAUGCCAAAUCCAUGUAAUUCUACUCUUCAUGGCUUUGUGUCAUUUGAUUCCAGGACCAUUUCUACCAGUUUGUUUAAGACUUUGUUUGAAAUUCUUACCAUGUUUCUACAAACGCUGCUUAUCCGUCAGUCAUGGCAGAUGGAGAAGUGCGCGGUACCCGGUAAGAAACAAACAGUCAAGAGACUUCUUGGCACCCUCUGCCUUAUCAACCUUAUCCAGUGGCUCGUGUUCAGUUUGCUUCUUGGCUCGCAGGGUCGCGCUAUGAUCAUUGAAACGUGCUUUUACGGCGAAACACUGUGGAAUGACAUUCACGAUGGAUUGUUUCCUGUGACUAUGUUUUACCGUUUCCAUACUUCGAUGCACUUUUACGAAUGCUGCAGAAAAUACAAUUGAAGAUAUCGUGUCUAAUUCAAGUCAAGUGGUUCGCAAUACCUUGUACACGUAAAAACAAGUAUCAUAGAAGGAUUAUGUAAUGUACGUGUAUUAAAAACAUUGACGCACUAUUCAUUCAUCUCUAGAUCCGAUAUGUGGAAGAGAUGUUCGAUCUGAUAAAAAAAUACAUUAGACUACGAAUUUUCUAAAAUGCGAAAAAAGUGAAUACUGCAUACAUAUUUUCAAAUAUUUUACAUGGAGAAAGACAAAACCGAAUGAUGGCUUAAACAUGACAUUUGAACGUGAUGUAAGAAGCUUGGACAGCUAGUAAGACUUUUAGGUAGCAAUAUUGUAUAAAUCAAUUGAACAUGAUAACAUAUACAUUGUAAGAUGGUCGUGUAUUGUACAUGCAGUUCAUUGUAGAUGUAUGCUGUAAAAUGAACAAAGAAAAUUAAUCUACAUGUAA